CCAUUCCCAAGCAUUCGCCGAAGCUGUUGCUUACAAAACUCGCUUGCUUGAAGACAGUUGCUCACAACGUAAUGAUAUACAGAUGCAAGCCCGUCCUUCUGAGAAGCUUGAGGGGGAUAUAGCAAAGCUGUACGCAUACUAAAUCGCAACGUAGUAAAACUACUAGAGACUUUCAAGAUGAAUGAGCCAUCGCCUCAAUCGCAUAUUAUCCAUUCAAAGGGGAUCUUCCGUGGUCUACCUGACAUCCCCAGCCAUUUGUCGGGGCUUCGAGCCAUAGUCGUCGGAGCGAGCGGGACGUCUGGCCAGCCCAUGAUCGAUGUGCUGAGCUCAAAUCCGGAGCGAUGGGAGAAGGUCUAUGCACUGUCAAGACGGCCACCGAAAACAAAGAAAGAUUCAAACGUAGAACAUGUGCCAAUGGACCUUCUAUACGAGCCCGAUAAGAUCGUUGCUAUUCUGCGGGAAUACCGGGUUCAAGCGGAUUACAUAUUCUAUUUCGGUUAUGUUCAGCUCACAGCAGUCGAGGAGAACGACCCGAUGGGCCUGGGCAACGCCGAACAUCUGGCUGAAGUCAACGGUCGGCUCUUUGAGAAUCUUCUCUUCAGUCUCGACCAAGCCUCCAUCGUACCGAAGCGGGUGAUCCUCCAGACUGGCGGGAAGAACUAUGGAGUACAUCAAGGCUUUGUAAAUGUCCCACUCAAAGAGUCCGACCCGCGAGUGGAACUCGAGCCAAACUUCUACUAUACGCAAGAAGAUAGUCUCUUAAAACAUGUCAAGGCUCAUCCCCAAACGAGCUAUAACGUUGUCAUGCCACAGUGGAUUUUGAGCGCAGUCGCAGGAACUGACAUGACUAUCUUCUACCCAUUGGCGGUAUAUGCUGCUGUGUUACGCAAGUUAAACAAGCCUUUGCUCUUCCCUGGAGACCUUUUAUCUUGGGACAACCCCCAGCCAAUCUCUACGGGCAUUCUCAAUAGUAAAUUCUACGAAUGGUUGGUCCUUUCGCCACACACCGCGGGCGAGACUUUCAACAUCACCAACGGGGGCGAAUUUACCUGGAGCAGAUUCUGGCCGAUCUUAGCCUCUUGGUACGGGCUGGAAUGGCAGCCGCCGAGUGAGAGUGCCCAUUACCAUGAGAUAGACACGGGCUUGCGUCCUCGCGGUUAUGGUCCCACGGGCAAACUUCGAUCCUCAUUCAGUAUCGUUGAGUGGGCGCGCGAACCAGCUACCCAAGAAGCAUGGGUGCAGCUAUCCAAGGAGCAUGGGCUUCAAGCGAAUCCUUUCGGAGAUCCUGAGAAAACAUUUAAUUUCUUGCAAUUCUGUUUCAGUUUAACAUGGUCUUGGUACACCAGCAUCGACAAAGCUAGGGAGUAUGGAUGGUAUGGUUAUUGUGACACUGUUGCCUCGUUGCGUCAGGUAUUUGGGGAGUUUGCGGAUAUGAAAAUGACUCCUCCAUUACCGCGUUAAAAGUUAUUCUCCAUCUUGAACAACCAAAAAUCCUGACACACUUGUCGUAGAUAGUUCCACGAAGUACCCCUGCUUGCUAUUGCUUCGCCAUUUGAGUGGUUGAAGAAUGGUCGAAACGGGUGCUUUCUUUAGAACAUAAGAUCUAGGCUCAUCAAAAUCUCACCUUAGUCUCAGUAAUAGACUAUAUUACAUUAGUGCCAAUGUAGAUUGAGU